AUGAACAAUUAUCACCAAGAAAGAAGUAGAAUCAUUCAACGGAAUAGGGAGGAAAUCAGAGCUUUGGAAAAAGAGAUAAAAAAUAAGAAAGGAAUAUUAAAACAGCAAUGUCAAAAGAAUUUAGAAACUGUGUUGAAAAGGCAAGAGGAAGAAUUACAGAAAUUUGAGGCUCAAUACAAUUAUAAAACCACAAAAACUAAAUCAUCAUCUAGAGGUACAAUAUGUGAUACAAAUAUAAAACCAAUUACUUUACAUGAAGAGAAACAAUGGAGUAGUUUAAGUAAAACUGAACUUGAAUCUGAAUGUCGAUUAAGAGGAUUAAAUUCAAAAGGUAGCCGUGAAGAUUUAGUUACUCGCUUAUAUAUCUUUACUAUAGAUCAGAAAUCUAAAGUAAAUAAGAAUUCAGAUACAAAUAAUAUGGAAAUUACAUCAAAUAACAAUAUAAAGAAUGACAAUAUAUCAACUCAAUAUACUACUUUUGCUGUGCCCCCAAAUAUUAACUUCUCGGAUGCAGAUGGAACUGGAAAAAGGAAAGGUAAAUCUACUAAACGUAAGGUUGAUCAUAGAAAACAGGGACAACAUAGACAAGAUUCAUGGGCAGCUUUUUGUGCUAGAAAUAGUAUUCCUCGUAAGACAAAUAAGGAGCUUGAUAGUGAAAGUGAAGAUCAAGAUAAUGAAAGCUCAGAAGAGAAUAACUCAGAAUCUAAUUCAGAUCACAUCAUUAUAGAUGAAGAAGAAAGAGCUCGUCAGAGAAAGAGAGAGGUUGUAAUGGCUAAAGCUUUAGAGAAGAUAUUAACAAAUAUAAGUAGUUGUACUGAUGAUGGUAUCACAAUAGAUGAUUUGAUAGAUCAGUUGACUAAGUUAAAUAUUCGUAACUUUAGACCUGAAUUAUUAGGCUAUAAAACGUCUGAAGAUUGGAUAGCAGCUCAACCAAAGAAGUUAUUAGUGUAUGACAUUAAGAAUAAGAGAAUUUACCCACCAGGUUUUAACUUGGAAAGUGAUGACUUUAUUUAG